AUGUAUUCAGUAAUUUACAUGCUAUUGGCUAUUUAUAUUGAACGCAUUAAUCCUGGUGAAUUCGGUGUUGCACAACCAUGGAAUUAUCUAUUUAGAAAAUCAUUUUGGAAUCCUCGCAAAUCAUCGACUAUAGAACCAAGUGAUCUUGAUUCAAAGGGAGAUCAUCGAAGAAUACAAGAUACAUUAAAUGAUCAAGUACUCAUUCUUGAUGAGCCAACCAGUGGCAUAGAUCCGCACAAUCGUCGUCUAAUUUGGACAAUAAUUCGAAAAUUGAAACACGAUGGAAAAUGUGUAAUAUUGACAACUCAUUUUCUUGAAGAAGCUGAUGUUCUAUCUGAUCGUAUUGCUUUUAUUAGCAAGGGUCGUUUGCAAGCACAUGGUACACCGGAUUUUCUCAAACAACAAACAGAAUAUGAAUAUCGUAUUUUUAUGGAUAAACAAGAGACUUGUGAUAGUCGAAAUGUCACUAGAUUCAUUCGAGAACAUGUAAAAAAUGCAAUUUUAGAACGUGAAUCCGCUUCGGAACUUGUUUUCGGAAUCAAACGUGAUGAAUCGAACAAAAUCGAAUUAUUGAUCAAUGCACUUGAUCAACAUCAACAAUCGAUCGGCAUCAAUUCUUAUGGUCUAUCAAUGACAACGAUUGAAGACUUCUUUCUCAAAUUGAUUCGAGAGGAAGAAAAAGCUGAGGAUAGCAAUCAUAAUCCAGAAAAAACUCGACAGAUCCUAUCGAACGAAGGUAACAAUGAAAUGCAAGAACACAUUCAUGGUGGUCGUCUGUUUUUCACUCGGCUUUGGGCAUUACUAGUUAAACGAUGGCAUGUUACUCGUCGACAAAUCACUUUUCUCUUAGGUUUCUUUCUACUUCCGAUUAUCUUUGCAAUUAUUCUCGUUGGUGUUUUACCUACACCAGAAGAAAUUCAAUCGACACUUUUGCAGAAUGAUCGUAUAAUCGAUGCUCAAGUAACAUUACUUCCAUCGAUUUAUAAUCCACAAACCAUUGUUACUUAUUCUAAUAACAAUGAAAGUUAUCUUUCACAGCGUCUUCUUAAUUAUUUAACUAAUGCUGGUGCAAUUGUUGAUGAAAUAUUGAAAGAUGACGUACUCAAGUAUCUCCUACCGAAAUACUAUCAAUCGGCAGAUACCUUUGUAAACAAAUAUAAAAUGGGUUUUGCUUCUUACAUUGACUCAACAGCUCUAUCACCCAUAUUGAAAUUUAAUACGUACUUUUCCACUGUCAACUAUCAUACAAUGCCAACGAGCUUAGAUCAACACGAUGGAGUACUUUUUUGCAAUGUACCUUUUUCGUCAACACCAUCCUUGUCGAACGAUAAAAAUACCACUGCAUCCUCUUUCAAUUUGGCUCGUAUAUUUGCAAUGCUUAAUGCUCGAAGGAAUCAAAAGUUAAUUGAAAGCUAUUCAUUGUCACAAACAACACUUGAACAAAUCUUUGUUCGUCUUGCUGGUGAUGAUGAAGAUAACAUGUCUACUGCUUCAUCUGAUAAAGUAUUAUUGAAUCAAACCGAAGUAACAAAUGAAAGUAAGUAA